AUGAGCGACGGCAAGGACUCCCUCGACCUCUCCGCCCUCGGCGCCGCCAUCCCCAACUCGGCCGAGCUCAGCGCGGAGGACAAGGCUCACCUUGUGGCGUCGAUCAAGAACACGCUUGAGGGAUUGGCGUCGCGGCAUACCGACGUGCUCGAGAACCUCGAGCCCAAGGUCAGGAAGCGCGUCGAGAAGCUCAGGGAGAUCCAGGGCCAACACGAUGAACUUGAGGCAAAGUUUUUCGAGGAGAGAGCAGCUCUAGAAGCUAAGUAUCAGAAGUUGUAUGAACCACUUUACUCAAAGCGUUACGAAAUUGUCAAUGGUGUGGUCGAGGUUGAGGGUGUCACAGAAGAAAGUGCAGCUGAAACCCCUGCAGAACAAAAGAGUGGAGAUGAGACCUCUGCUGAGCAAAAAGAAGAAAAAGGUGUACCAGCUUUCUGGCUUAAUGCAAUGAAGAAUCAUGAAAUUCUGGCCGAGGAGAUCCAGGAGAGGGAUGAGGACGCUCUCAAGUACCUCAAGGACAUCAAGUGGUACAGGAUCAGCGAGCCAAAGGGCUUUAAGCUUGAAUUUCACUUUGAUACAAAUCCGUUCUUCAAGAAUUCAGUGCUUACAAAAACAUAUCACAUGAUUGAUGAGGAUGAACCAAUUCUGGAGAAAGCCAUUGGUACUGAAAUUGAAUGGUACCCUGGGAAGUGCUUGACACAAAAGGUGCUAAAAAAGAAGCCACGGAAGGGGUCAAAGAACACUAAACCUAUCACAAAAACUGAAGAUUGUGAGAGCUUCUUCAACUUCUUCAGUCCACCUCAAGUCCCUGAUGACGAUGAGGAAAUUGAUGAGGAUACAGCUGAACAGUUGCAGAACCAAAUGGAGCAAGAUUAUGAUAUUGGAUCUACCAUCAGAGACAAGAUUAUCCCACAUGCUGUCUCGUGGUUCACUGGAGAGGCUGCUCAAGAUGAGGACUUCGAAGUUAUGGAUGGUGAGGAUGACGAUGAUGACGAAGACGAUGACGAUGAAGACGAAGACGACGAGGAUGAAGAUAAUGAUGAUUAUGACACAAAGAAGACCAAGGGAAUUGCUGGAGGGGAAGGGCAGCAGGGAGAACGACCUGCAGAGUGCAAGCAGCAGUAA